UUGUAAUAUAAUUUGACAGUUCGCACUCUCAUUGUUUGAAAAGACGAAAUUUUUGGGCAAAAAUGAGGUGUAUAUUUUUCGUUUUAUUUUUUAUCCUGGAACGAUGUCGAGCUGAGGACUUGCAUGUUGGAGGCAUUUUCCCGAUCGGAGGCACUGGUGGUUGGCGUGGAGGACAAGCUUGCAUGCCAGCCGCCCAAAUGGCGUUCGAGGACGUGAAUAAGCGGGAUGACCUGCACAAAAGAUUUGGAUAUCAGUUGAUACUCCAUAGUAAUGACAGUGAGUGCGAGCCUGGACUUGGGGCGAGUGUCAUGUACAAUUUAUUGUAUAAUAAGCCACAAAAAUUGAUGUUACUCGCUGGUUGUAGUACUGUCUGUACAACAGUCGCUGAAGCAGCGAAAAUGUGGAAUUUAAUAGUUUUAUGCUAUGGAGCGUCAUCGCCUGCCUUAUCAGACCGUUCACGUUUCCCAACACUGUUCAGAACUCAUCCGUCUGCUACAGUGCACAACCCGACUCGCAUUAAACUGAUGCAAAAGUUCGGGUGGUCCAGAGUUGCCAUUCUCCAGCAAGCAGAAGAAGUUUUUAUAUCAACUGUUGAAGAUUUGGAAAAUCGUUGCAAAGAAGCCGGCGUGGAAAUCGUUACACGACAAUCAUUUUUAUCGGAUCCUACCGAUGCUGUUAGAAAUUUAAGGAGACAAGAUGCCCGUAUCAUCGUUGGACUUUUUUACGUAGUGGCCGCUCGCCGUGUUUUAUGCGAGGUUUACAAACAACAGCUUUAUGGCUCCGCUUACGUAUGGUUCUUCAUUGGAUGGUACGAGGACAAUUGGUUCGAAGUCAAUUUAAAGAGUGAAAAUAUCUCAUGUACUGCCGAACAAAUGAGAGAAGCUGCCGAAGGACAUCUCACCACAGAAGCUCUUAUGUGGAAUCAGAAUGUCGAACAAAAAACUAUUUCUGGCAUGUCUUCUGAAGAUUUUAGAUUAAGACUGAAUAAGGAACUCAUAAAAAAUGGCUAUGAUAUUAGUCAUAAUCGCUAUCCUGAGGGCUAUCAAGAGGCUCCAUUGGCUUACGAUGCAGUUUGGUCGGUAGCGCUUGCAUUUAACAAAACCAUCGAAAAGAUGCAGGAUAAAGGCAAAGGUCUCAAAAGCUUCAAUUACAAUGACAAAAACAUCGCUAACGAAAUUUACAGUGCCAUGAACUCAACAUCCUUCUUAGGAGUUUCCGGAGUUGUUGCUUUCUCAUCUCAAGGUGACCGUAUUGCCUUGACCCAAAUUGAGCAAAUGAACGACGGACAAUAUCGAAAACUCGGUUACUACGAUACUCAAGCUGACAAUCUCACAUGGUUCGACGAAGAAAAGUGGCCAAACAACAAAGUGCCCCAAGAUCGUACAGUGAUAAAACGCGUUUUGCGAACUGUUUCGUUGUCACUUUUCAUAUGCAUGAGCUGCGUUUCCGGAUGUGGCAUCUUGAUCGCGUUGAUUUUGAUCAUUUUUAAUAUUGUUAAACGGAAUCGCAGAGUAAUUGCCUCGUCACAUCCAGUUUGCAAUACAAUUAUGCUAGUAGGUGUCAUCACGUGCUUAAUUUCCGUCAUUUUGCUUGGCAUUGACGGACAAUUUGUGGAUCCGGAAAGCUUUACUAUGGUUUGUCAAGCACGCACUUGGCUACUCGCUAUUGGCUUUACGCUCGCUUAUGGCGCGAUGUUUAGCAAAGUUUGGAGAGUACAUCGCUUUACUACGAAGGCAAAAACUGAUUCUAAAAAAAAAGUGGAGCCUUGGAAAUUAUACACAAUGGUGUCUGGCUUGUUAGCUGUUGACUUAAUAAUUCUCCUUACGUGGCAAUUAGAAGAUCCUCUCGAACGAAAACUCGAGAUAUUUCCGUUGGAAGAUCCGGGAAUACAGUCGGAAGACAUCAAAAUUAUGCCAGAACUCGAACAUUGCGAGAGCCAAAAUCAUUCCGUGUGGUUAGGAAUAAUUUACGGCUUUAAAGGGCUGAUUUUGGUGUUUGGACUGUUCCUUGCGUACGAAACGCGCUCUAUCAAGGUGAAGCAAAUCAAUGAUUCGCGUUACGUUGGCAUGAGCAUUUACAACGUGGUUGUUCUCGCAAUUAUCACUGCGCCCGUAACGAUGGUGAUAGCAUCGCAGCAAGAUGCAUCCUUUGCUUUUGUGUCUUUAGCCGUCAUUUUCUGCUGUUUCCUCAGUAUGUUGCUCAUAUUUGUUCCAAAAGUGAUCGAAGUGAUUAAUAACCCGUCUGAUAAACUUGAUACAAAAUCCAGCACCGAUACCGGCAUUUCGAAAGAAGACGAGGAACGUUAUCAGAAGCUGUUGAGCGAGAAUGAAGAGCUUCAACGAUUAAUAUCACAGAAGGAAGAAAAAAUUCGAAUAUUACGACAGAGACUUUCGGAUAGCGAUCCAACAACGAGAAAAACCUAAAUUUUUUAACUGAUAACAAAAAGACAAUUGUGAAAGCUCAAAUAAAACUUUAAUAAAUUUAGUUCAAUUAAUAAAAAAUACAAUUUAAUAGUUAUUAAAUAUAUAUAUUUAUUUUAGACGAAUGUAACCUCAUGUACCUUUAUAGUUUAAAAAUUUGUAAUUUUAGGAAAAAUGUUAGAUUCUAAAUAAAUGGCAUAAAAUUAGUUUAAUAUCCAUG